AAAGUAAAGCAGAUUCUUAAGUUUGGAAUUAAGGCUAGACGGAUGAUGAUGUACUAAAUCAAAGCAAAUAAUCAACUAGUGGUAAAUAUAAAAACUAACAUCUGAUCAAGAAAAGCACGGUUUACUGUGAAAAUAAGUUAGCUGAAGGAUGGGGGAGUUUAAGGUUCACAGGGUGCGUUUCUUCGACUUCAUGCCCUCAGGGAUUCGCUGCAUGGCCUUCAACAGCAAGGCUGACCGGCUGGCCCUUGCACGACUUGAUGGAUCAGUAGAGAUUUUCAACUUCUCCAACAACUACUUCCAGGAAAAGGUGAUCCCUGGAAAUGACUCCAGAUCUAUUGAAGCGAUUUGCUGGGUUGGCUGUGAUCGCCUCUUCACGGCUGGUUUGAAUGGAGAGGUUGUGGAGUAUGAUCUGGAGCGACUCUGCCCAAAAUACACCCUGGAUGCUUUCGGAGGACCCAUCUGGACAGCAGCCUGCAACUCUGAAGAGACUCAUUUUGCGUUUGGGUGUGAAGAUGGGUCUGUGAAGCUGUUUGAAAUUUUACCUGAUAAAAUCCAGUUUGAGAGAAACCUGGAUCGACAGAAAGGACGAAUCCUUUCCCUCUCGUGGCACAAGUCUGGUACACUAAUCGCUGCAGGUUCACUAGAUGUGAUUAGAGUGUUUGAUGUCAAAUCAGGUCACUCUGUUCAGAGGAUACUGGUGGAUAGGGGGCCAGCAGGGACCCGCAAUAAGGACUGUGUGGUGUGGAAUGUUGCCUUUCUGUCGGAUUACACCAUAGUGAGCGGAGAUUCUGCUGGGAAGGUCCAGCUCUGGGAUGCAAACAAAGGAACAUUAAUAAAAACCCACCUGGUUUCGAAAUGGGAUGUUUUAUCACUAUCCGUAUCGGAGAAUGAGGACAGCAUUGUAGCUGGAACAUCAGAAGGUACGGUGGUCCAGUUCCAGCUGCUCUCUCCAAAGAUCGGAGACACGGAGACCCAGUGGGUCAGGACCAGGACCUUCAAACACCACACCCAUGAUGUGAGGGCCGUAACAGAGACAAGGACAGCUGUGGUGUCUGGAGGUCUGGAUACACAGCUUGUGAUUUGUCCCCUGAUGGAUAAAGUGGAAGUCAAGUCUAGUGAAUCUGUACUUCGGAAAGUGAUCUUCCCACAUCGGAGUCUUGUUUCCUGUGCAAAGAAGCCCAGCCUCCUUCUCUUUCAGUUCCCUGACCAGCUGGAGCUAUGGAGACUGGGGGGCACAGACACCAUUGGAAAACCAGGAGAAAGCUUACCAGUUACAAGAAAACCGGAGAAACUUCUUCAGCUUAAGAGAAAGGGUGACGAUCACAUUUGCUGUAGCACUAUAUCAGAAUGUGGGCACUGGAUUGCCUAUUCCACAGUGUCCAGCAUCCGAUUGUAUCAACUCCAUUGUGACAAUAACAACAUCAGUAUUACCAAGGUCUCGAAGCUCCCAAAAGUGUUGAGGUCCGCUCACCAGCUUCAGUUCUCGGCCGAUUCUUCGAAGCUCUUUGUUGCUUCUGAACAGGCGACCAUCCACGUAAUCAGCGUCUCCCGGUCGGAGUGCAAACAUGUGCACACAUUCAAACCAAAGUCAGGAUCCUCAGCUCCUGUUCAUUUGCUGGCCGCAAGUGCAGAUGGGCAGUGGCUGACCUCAGCAAAUCGGCACUGUGAGAUCAAUGUGUAUAACUUGAAAAAGUUGAAGCAUCACUGCAUGGUGCCAGUGUAUAACUCUCUCCCCAGUGCAAUGGCAAUACACCCAGAGACCAACAAUCUGCUUGUCACCCAUGCAGAUCAACAGAUGUUUGAGUUUGGUAUAGUGGACAAGCAGUAUACAGACUGGAGCAGGAAGCUGCAGAAGGAGGGAUUGCACAGGUGCCGGCUUAAGUGGGGAACGCCCGUUACUCACAUCACCUUUAACCCCCAGGCACCAUCGCAGGUUAUUCUCCAUGACAUGCACAUGUUCUGCAUCAUUGACCAAAGCCUGCCUCUGGAUGGCUUAAAGGCACAGUUCUAUAGCCAGCUGACCCCAAAAGAUACAUCAGAAACGGACAAGCCGCGCAAGAAUAAUGCCUUAAAAAUCUGCAAUAAAUAUCAACCCCUCCUCCAUGUAAACCUGCUUGAAGAUGACUGGCUGGUAGUGGUAGAGCGCCCCCUAAUAGACAUCCACUCCCAGCUGCCAGCCCCAGUAAGACAGAAGAAAUUCGGAACAUAAAGUGGACUCCCUGUUACCUGCUCAGUACCCCAAGGAUAAAAAAAAUGCAUAUUUUCCUCCUCUUAUUUUUGGGGCAUUCAGUUUAAACUUAUUUCCUCUAAAAAGCAUUGGUACCAUGUUUAUUACUGUCCUCCUUUUGACAAUUGUAGUUACAAGGUGGUUUUCCUGUAUUUUAAAAUCACACCGCCUUAUGAGCAGUAUCACUGGUCCCUUUUGUGUUGGAAGAACUUUUGGUUCAUCACUAUUUGUUUUCUAUUUUUUUUUUUAAUGUUAACAUAAAGAUAUCUAGAAAUACAAAAAAACUUGUUUACGGUUUAAAAUGAAAACAACACACAUUUGUGAUCUGUACAUUUAUUUAAAAUACCUUUGCAUCAUACAUACAGCACCCGUGGCACACUUUAAAAUACACAGAUUUAAAUCUACUUUGUAAUAGUUUAACAGCAACACUGGACACAUGUAUAUAGUGUGUCUAUCAAGGUCAAACCGUCAUUUGUUGGUUUUAAUAUAUAUUUCUAUCUUCACAGAUGGAAACAGUUAAUUUUGUAACUGCAGAACAAUGCUGCUAUACCACUCUGUAUAUUAUAGCGUUUUGCCUUCGAGUGCUUUAAGAGCCAUAAAGGUGGAUGAUGUAGUUCAGAAACAGAUAUGGUAAUCCUAUCUGUGAUAUUUGAAUGAUUCAGCACCGAAUGAGGAUUUGACCUUAACCGAUUAUCUAUGUAAAAACUAAAAUACAAAAACCUCUGAUACGAUCACAAUAUACAAGCACCAGAGGCCUUCAAAGCCCCAAUACAGCACCCAAAGCACAGUCGUGCUCUUAAGUUGCAACACAAUCUGUGAUCACUGGCAUUGGCCCUUCUCUGCUGUGGUGGUGAAUUUUAAUUAAGAUUUAUAAUAUGCCAGCUGCCUAAAACAAUUUCCCUCAAAUAUUUGUACUAAUUUUAAAAUCUGGAAAUAAAAAUUCCCAAGUAUCUAGCA